UUUAUUAUUUCAGGAUCCUUGUCAAUUGCAGCAGGAACUAGAAUUACAAAAGGUCUGGUUCGAGGUAGUCUAGGAACAAACACCGUCAGUUCCAUCUUGGCUAUAUCAGGGAUCUUAAUCAGUGCAAUAAGCAUGAGUGUUUAUUCAUUCCAUCGCCCUUACUGCCACUAUCGCAAUAAGACAGAAAACUGUGGCAUGACUAUGUCCGUUUUAAUGGGUAUGGAUGGCAUAGUGGUCAUUUUAAGUGCACUGGAAUUCUGCGUCUCUGUGUCUCUCUCUGCCUUUGGAUGCAAAGUAAUGUGUUGUAACCCCGGUGGGGUGGUGUUAAUUCUGCCACCGAAUUCUCACGUGGCAGCAACAGGUUCUCCUGCACCAUUUAAAGGAAUUUUGAUGCCACCAACAGAUCAACAGAAAAAUCUUCCAGAAAACCCAUGCUGACUGUCAUGAAAGAACCCCACAUGAGAAAGUACCAGAA